AUGAGGCCAAGGUUCUCAGAACAAAGGAUUCUGACCUUUGAACUUCUCAGUUACUGGAUUCAGUACCUGAAGGACUUCAGAGUCCAGGGAGACUGGGCUUUUGAGCCCUUGGUCCCUAUGGACGACUCAUCAUCUGGCAGCAGCUGCCCUGACAUGGAGCACUGUAUUUCGGAAUCCAAAUCUUACCAGAGCCUGUCUAUAGGCUAUUUCCCCGCCGAGGACAAUGUUGCCAGUGAGGGUAUCACACCCUGUGAAGAUGUGACCUCUGAGGAUCCUCCCUCCCUCCCUCCUGACGAAGGGCCAUGGGGAACCAACGGUGUAACGGGACCCAUGGGGAGAAGAAAUGAAAUUCAGGAGAAGCCAGAGGAGCCUGGUGAAGAAGACAUGGAUGAGCCCAUGAAUGGCGAUGUGUGCAGCCUCUUCGACUACUCACAAAUGAAAUGGGCUGAAUGGGAGGAAGAUGAUGAGGAGAGUAUGUACAAUUGGCAAGAGGAGACAAGAUGCCAGAGCGUCUUGGAACUGAUUUAUUUCUUGAGAGUUAUUGCUGUAUGUCUAGACAAGGAUGAGGAAGAUGACGACUCUCUGUUCGCCGAUCCUCAUCGGGAGGAGGAUGUAGACGACUCUGUACCCCCUGAGUCUCCUCAGGAGGAGGAGAAUGUCCAGCCAUCCAGCAGUGUCUCUUCCCAUAUGGAUCAGGUCAGUCCUGAAGAGCAGGAGGCUUGUCAGGACUUGCCCAAGUAUCAACCAGCAGAAAAUGGAGACACCAAGCAGAGCCCAGAAAUGCCUCCUGGGCUUGAGGAGGAUGAAAUUGUUGAGAUGGAAAGCCAGGAGCCUGGCACAGCAAAGAGCUCCCUAGGGUCAUCAGAGCAGUCAGAGGAGGGGGACCUGCCUUCAGACAAGGAAGGCACUUCCUGUGUGAAUUUCCGGCGCUUCUUUCACUGGCUCAGGAAGAGAGUGGUGUCCUCCCUGCCAGGGAGAAAGCGCCGUGAGAAGGCCAAGAAGGUCUCAUCCUGCUGGCGCUAA